ACCUGCGCUACCGAACGCUUUCUAUCGCGCCGUUUCCUCUAUCUGAUAUCAGUCGUACGACUAAUACAUGGUGUCGUUGAAGGAGAUUGGGCAGGCUAUAGCCUCUGCUCUUCGAAGCACACCACAAAACGAUGCACAGGAAGUGCUGGAUCUCAUAGAUCUCUAUUUGGAUCAACAGCGGUCGCAGUCAACUACCACUCCGUCCUUCGGCGAUCCUGGAGCCAUUGACAAGCUAUCAGCCGAAUUACUACAUAUACUCAAGACAGAAAUACUAGCUGAUCCAACAGUGACCAUUGUGUCCAUACAGCCCGUCACAACGAAAGUUCAGACGAAACAUUACGUCUUGCUUCGAAUAGUCCAUCAGCUACUCCCGGUCUUUGGAGUCAACCGCAUACUCAACGAUUGGUGGCCCAACGCACUCAAGCCUGUUCUUCAGAACUCGCAUUAUUCCAAAUCAUCUAAAGAAGAAUCUAUCAAAAUUGCCGCUGAUGCUUUAAUAUUAGAAGACCAAAACUCUGAGUCCAUCAAAAAUAAUACAUUUCUCAACCUGGUCAUUAAAGACUAUCUUCAAUGGUCAAACAGACAGCAACAAGAUAAAAUGGAAGCACUUGAUGCUCUCGACAUGCCAAGUGAAGUUGAUGAUACCAGCAGAAUGAAAUCACAGCAUCAAACCUUACUUGAUCAGGAGCAGGACGAGUGGUCAAAAAACCUGUCAGCCAUCAUGGUUGCAUUUGGAACGGCUAGGACAAAGAGUUUCUUUCUGCUCGUUGAAGAUUACUUUGUACAAAGUCAGUAUCGCCUUCAAAUCAUUUACCUCAUCAGCGCCUUUAUUCCUCGCAAGAGGACACAUAUUCAUGACAUAUUGCAAACACCAUUGUUUGACUCCAUGUUGAAGUCCUUGAUGUAUGAUAAUUCCACAACCCUUAUUGCCAUUUCUGUCACCAACCUCAUUAUGCUUCUGCCUCGGAUAUGCGCCUACCUUUCGCCUUUUUUACCAAAGCUCUUCUACAUUUUCGCACGUGCCGUUUGCUGGGAUCAGCUGCGUGACUUUAGACAAAAUAGUGGUAGUACACAGGAUACUAGCUUAGCAUCACGGGAAGCAUCAUCGAAGAAUAUACAGAUUGAUGGUUGGGAUGUACUUGAUUAUACCUUCUCGAAACUGGCUGCACCUCCGUCAAAUCCGAGAACCGGUGCAUUUUUCACCUCUCUAUAUGGCCUGUAUCCAUGCAACUUCACCUCAUUCCUUCAUGCUCCGUAUGGGUAUUUUGGAAGAAAUGAAUUCAAUUUACCAGAGCAGUUUGACGAAGAUACCUUUCGAUCCCGAAUUAUACCCCAAGUUAAUAGACAUAUGCUUCACCCGAACCUUGUUGUCAUGGACGCUUCAACCGAGCUUGUCGACCACUCGAGAUGGAUGAAGCUUGAACCGCCGGAUGUCAUGGCCCAGAUUAUGAGCUUAGAUCUUACUAAUGCAGCAUCUCGAGUUGCCUUUAGCGAAGAAAACUCUUCAAAUGCUCAUAUAUCAUCCUGGUUGUUUGAAGAAAAAGUGCGCGCCGAGGCCAGUGAAUCCAAAGCUGUGAAAAGCGAACCUUUGACGACUAGUCCUCACCAGGACAACGUGGAAGAUCAACCGAUAAAUACACCUACCCCGAGCAAUAAGAAGAAAAUGAAGGCAGUUUCGAUUGCUAAUGUGCUCAAUGUUCACAAGGCUUUAAAGAGCGGUGCAGAAGUAGUUGUAGGGGAUGACGUCUGGGUAAGAUUGAACUUCAUUAUUACUGAAUCUGGCCUUGAACACUGGCCAUCUUCAGCAGAAGGAUCGCCAAAUCCAGACGAUAUGACGGUAUCGGAAGGGGCACCUACACCAGCACCAAACUAUAUGAUGGCAGCGGAAGAUGGCACAUCUUCCUCGGAACAAAAACUUCUCAUUGCAGCUCUGAAGAGAGAGGUGCUGUUACUGCGCAACGAGUUGAACUUUGAGAUGUUCUUGAAGCAACAACAUCUACAACAUAUUGGCAGGUUACAUCGAGAACACGUGAUGGAUAUCUCUGUUGAAGCUGAAAGGCAACAAAUGUACAAUGCUACAAGAAUGUUGCAACAGCAACUUCAGCGCACUACCACAGCAUUAGAUAAACUGAAGGCUGAAAAUGCAACCACCAAAGUAAGGCAUAUUGAAUGGGAAGAAGAGCAGUCCAAGAAGUUACGGGACUACCGAGAACAGAGAAAGCAAUGGCAAAUGGAAAUGGCCAAAGCAAGAGAGCAAGUUGCAGAGUUUGAAACUAUUCUUAAAGUUCAAGAUGGCCAAUUGGAACAAGCUCGGAAGAGAGUAUUUGAUCUCGAGAGCGAACUGGAGUUCUUAAGGCCCACUCUAGUGACUGUUCAAGAGUACGAGACCGAAAUAGAUCAAUUGACGAAGCAAUUAGCGCUGUGGGAACAAGAUACCGGGACGAUAAAAACGCAAAAGCAAUACAUCGAAAGUCUACUUUCGCGAUGGCGGGCUACUGAGAAUAUUCUCGAAAGCUACCGGGAGAGUGAACACGCCGCCAAGGCUACAUUGAGUAAAAUGCAACUCAAAUACAACGAAAUGGAGGCAACUUUAACCAAAAUAGAACAAUCCAACGAAAAGAGGGCUCUGAUAUCGUCAAAGGAGUCGGUUAGCUCUCAACAAUCUGAAGUCGAGAAGCUUCGGCAAAAGUUGGAGAGCCUCUUGGAAAGAAACGAGACAUUGGAGUUGGAGAAGCUCGAUCUGCAGGCUAAGUUGGAGCACACUUCUCAUGAUCAAUCGUGAUCCCUUUCAUAGUAAUAGCGCUUGUGUUUAGCAAUCAGUUAGCUUAUAGCGCGCACACCGGCGCAAGGGAUGCGAGGCCAACCUCCGUCCCGUGCAUUUGGAACAAAUAAAAAAUCUCGUAUGUAAAGAGCG